CUGCUCCCUACUCCACGCCUUGCCGCCGACGUAUGGACCAAGCUCCCCGCCUCCUCGCCGCCGCUCGCCACUCGAAAAUUGAGACUCUCCACGACGUCUUCUUCUGUUGGCGCCGCCGGUAGCUUAGAGGGUCCGACCCCAUACCCGACCAAACCAUAUAGUAGGGAAAUCGUUCUUGAUUUCGCGGUAUGGAGAGCCGGCGAUGUUGGCGGCAGAGAGUUCCGGUCGAUUGUUUGGCGACAACGGUUGGUGAGCUUGAGCGUAUCGCUCGGCCAUCGCCACGAAAAGUCAGUCACCCACCAACUGGCAACUGCGGCUCAGCUGCGGUAG